AUGCAGUUACAACAUUUCAUCAAAGAGAAACUGGAAAAGAAUGAAUUCAAAGCAGCUCUUGCAAAUGAGGAAUUAGUUUUCUUUACGUUCCCAAAUUGCGUGAGGAAGGAUCUUUCUAAAAUACCACUGCAAUGUGCACGUGUUAUAAGAUUCUUUAGAGGGCAUGUGUUUGGUGUCGUUUUUGGCCAUUGUGUAAUGGUCCGAGAUGGCUAUUUCGGCUUUAAAGACUAUUUUCAAUCUCUAUGUGAUACUGUGGACGGUGGUAAAGACUUCUAUUUGCUUGGUUCUGAUUUUGAGAGCAAUUUAGAGGCUCAGGCUGCCGUUGAUAAAGCAUUUGCGGAUCCAAAUAAGUGGACUCAGAUGAGCAUCCUUAGCACAGCCGGAUCAGGGAUAUUUAGCAGACAGAACAAUCCAAGACUACGCGGAGAAGACUUGGGGAAUUGA